AUGAAGUACGCUUUUCUGCUUAUUCUUUGUGUCGCUACAUUUGCAGCAAGCAUAGACGAUAUAAAAGGCAGAUCGACAAGAGAGCUUGGGGGAUGGAGUCAUGAUUGGGAUGAUAAAGAUGAAGGAAGAAACCUAACAAUUGGAGUCCAGCCAACAAAUACAAGCACAAAUACCACUGGGGUUGGGAAUUGUAGCUGUAAUUGCACGUGUGACUGCUUUUCUUGUAAUUGUUCAUGCAAUUGCACCACACCUUUGAAUAAUCAAACUGUAACACCUCCUAGCAACCAAACAAAUUGUACUUGUCCUAGACGCCACCAUCAUAAGAGGUGCCACAAAUCAUAUGACUGCGAUGAUCAUGAUGAUUAUGAUGAUUAUUGGAUUUCUGAAGGACUGGAAGAAAAAGCUGGGUUUUUAGAAUAUGAGGAUUUCGGUGGGCAUCAAGGAAGAACGUAA